AUAAGACGCGUCUGAUUUAAUUUAAAACUCUGCUUGGGCUUUUAUGGGCCUAAUAUACUUUGAACUUGGGCUAAAAAACGAAAUCGUUUCUUCUUCCAUUUUUUAAGCCUACUGAAACCCUACAAGAAGAAUGCGUCACUAUAUAUUAAACCGAAAUCGUUUCUUCUUCCUUCAAGCCGUCAACAAUGUCGAAGCGAGGGCGUGGAGGUACCUCUGGUAACAAAUUCAGGAUGUCACUGGGUCUUCCGGUGGCGGCGACGGUGAACUGUGCCGAUAACACCGGUGCUAAGAAUCUCUACAUCAUUUCCGUGAAAGGUAUCAAAGGUCGUCUUAAUCGAUUACCUUCUGCUUGCGUCGGAGACAUGGUGAUGGCCACCGUCAAAAAGGGUAAGCCUGAUCUCAGGAAAAAGGUUCUUCCUGCCGUCAUCGUUAGGCAACGCAAACCAUGGCGCCGAAAGGAUGGUGUUUUCAUGUACUUCGAAGAUAAUGCUGGAGUCAUUGUCAACCCCAAGGGAGAAAUGAAAGGUUCUGCAAUUACUGGUCCUAUUGGGAAAGAGUGUGCUGAUCUUUGGCCAAGGAUUGCUAGUGCUGCCAAUGCCAUUGUCUAAUGAUCAGAUCAAUCAAUUGCUUGUAUUUGAUGGAUAUGUCUAGAUACAAAUUUGAGAAUUUUGGUAGCAAGAUAUUUUUAUUUUCUGACAAUAUGUAUCUGACAUUCAAAUGAUUUGGCUAUUUUGACAAUUUUUUCUAAGUUCUUUUCUGUUCUGUUGUUAUAAUGUUAUGAACACAUUACAAUAGUGAAAAAGCUUAAUUAGUUAAAAUGUG